AUGACCCACGGCUACCUCGAAUCCAGCAUCCGCCUGGUUGUGGCACCUCCACGGGACCAAGCGCACAUCGAUCGCUUGGGCGUCAUGUACAUGGGACGGAUCAAGGAUCCAACUGACUUGGUUCCUGUUGCCGACUCGCCCGUUCUACAGCGUCCUGGUCUGACUAGUACACAUGUGCUAGAUGGGGACGGAAAGCCGGGUAAGACGGGAGAGUGGGUGAACCAAAGGAUCAUCAAGAAUCUCGGAGACGGGACGGAAAGUGCAAGGAUCGAUAAUGUGUAG